AUGACAGAUCUAGAAUGGAUUAUUCUUUGCACGUUGCUGGCAUUGAACUUCAUCCGGGCUAGCCACAUUGGAGGGUUUACCCCUGAAGAAACGGGCCGGAAUCUAGGGCUCAUAAUUAUUUGUGCCUUCAUCUCUAUCUGUGUGCACGCAUUGCUUCAAUGGGUACAAUUUGAUACUCAAGGUUCGAGUUACUGGUAUAUUUACCGCCUGAGUUCUGCUAUACUGAUAAUUUUAAAUGGCGGUCUUUAUUAUAUUUAUCGACUUCCCUUUACGGGUCGGUUCAUCCUUGGGCUAAGUUGGACCCCAAAUCAAGGCAUUGGGACUCCCGGGUUCGUGGACCCCGAGAACAAGGUGGAUUCAGAGGCCGAUAUAGCGCUGGAAGCGGCCCGCAGAAACAUACCCAUAGCCAUUGAGCUACAGGAAAAAGAACUGUUUGACAUUGUUCGACUUGAGGAGGAGCGCAGGAGGGAUAAUCCUUUAUCUAGUCCUCAAGAUGUUCAGCGUUCUGGAUACCAUGCAUAUGAUUUCCUUGAGUAUGUCAAAUACCGCAGGCCCCAACCGCUGCCGGGUGCCGAACCUCGAAUUGCUCUCACCGAUCCUUCUGAGAUUAGGGAGGUGCUUUGGUGGACCGAGGGGGACAGGCUCCAAUGUCACAAUUCAUUUGCCACUACUCCGGAUUCAAACAGGAACCUCCCGGCUCCUGGAAAUGAGACUGUGAUUUUCACAAAUUGCGUAUCGGUCGAGCGUCCUGACCAAGUUGCACCUGCAAUCAACCUAAUCAAACAGACAUUGAGAAACCUUCCAUACUACACCACGAGAGAGCCCUCACGCAACCAGUUCAAGUAUGCCGUGGGAAUAGACGUGGAGUUUUUGGUAUUUCCAACAGAGUUCUAUAGACAGGGUGUGGCGGCCUUAAGAGGCCUUGGAGAUCUGUCAUUUCGCCAACCAAAUGGGUAUGAUAUUGGGCCGGAUGGAAAUAUUAUCCUAGAUGGCACAGCGCGAGCAGAAAAUCGAGACUAUCUUCCUCUAGAGGAGGAUCAGCAUUUAGCUUCAUGUAUGAGCAUUGCUGUUGACAAAGUCCUCGUGGUUAAUUUUCAUAUUUUGCACAUGAUCCGGAACAUCGAGACCGCUGAUCAAUUGCAGCAGUUCGCAGCCAUCUUUGAACAAAUCAUCUUUGAUACAACCAUCAUCAAGGUCUGGUUUAAUCCUCAACAAGACAUUAUUGUUCUGGAUGCCACUCUCGACGAAAUCUACCGAGGGACCCAGAGAAGACAAUUUAAUGAUGUCGAGAGAAGGGGCGGUGUACUCAUUGAAAGGGCUGCAUUAUUCCGCCCCACCUGUAAACUCAGGCUCCGGGAUGACGGCCAGCGCGCGGUUUUUAAUACGCCCCGUCCCGCACAAUUCAACUUUGGCCCAGAUACGAUAUGGGGGACAAGAUGCCCCUAUGGAUUCCAUAACGGUGCCGUCGAUAACUAUGGGCACCCCUGUCCGUGCCGGUCUAACAAUCUCGACCUGGCAGUAAUGGUCGAAUUUAUCAUGCGUGACGUUGGUCUAGAGCCUGCCGAUGACGAUGGAAUCCAAUUUGACAUACGGGCCUGGACAGAAACCCGGGAGAGAUGCAACUACAAUGAUUUCGAGCAGUGCCUACUACACGGUGACCGGUCUUCGGAGCUUCUUCGUAUGCUCAAGAGCAGUAUUCCAGCACAACUGGCGCCACCAGCGCCACGGUAUCAUGGUAGUGAUUGCGUGGAGGAAUGCCUACAAUGGGAGGAACCUGGGCCAGCGUGCUGUCGUGCUUGCCCGAACUAUCGGCUAUGGGCAGCGGUAUUACAGGAGACGAAGGCUCGAAUGUUUCGAACUUUUGCGAAUCCAAACUUCCAGACAGACCCUGUCCUGCUGGGAUAUGUGACUGGUGAUGUUCUUGGUAUAUCUAUGAUACUUCGCUUUCUAAUGACUACAGAAAAUCCAAGACUGCUCCUGGAAAGAUUAAGACUCUGGAGCAACAAACCAAUGAUGGGUGCACACAAUAUCAAUUUCCUCCGAGAGCCAAGCAGCCCAGAGAUCCCCCAAUACGUCGACUGCAGAUGGCACGCCACAUCCAGAUUAAUCAAUUCUGUGCGUCUUUACGUCGACAAUCCGUCCUUCAGACGAUGUGACAUGGUCUCCUGGAUAGACGACAAAGUGCUCCGAAAUUCUGUCCACCGCCCCCGUAGAAAGGUGGAAUUUAUGGACCCGGGGAGAAUGCUCUACUACUUCCUAGAGGAGUUCUGGCGGAGGCAUCCAAAGACCUUUGGGGAAUAUGUUGUCUCGAAAAUUGUGGCGACGCCUUUUAGACGUCGACAGAGGCCUGAGGAGGAUGACCAAGAUGAUGGCGGGGGUGAUGACGGAGGUGAUGACGGAGGUGAUGACGGAGGUGAUGACGGAGGUGAUGGUGGUGGUGGUGGUGGUGGUGAUGGUGGUGGUGGUGGGGACGGUGAUGGAGGUGGUGGUGGUGAUGGUGGGGACGGUGAUAGAGGUGGUGGUGGUGGUGGUGGUGGGGACGGUGAUGGAGGUGAACAGGCAGAAGAGGUUGCAGAACCAAACCGUUGGCAAGACGAGAUAGAGGCUGGUUACCUACAGUCCCAAAGGCAGUUCACCUUGGAUGAGAUUCUCAGGUUCUUUGAUUCUCCAAGUUGGGCGACGAUGUCAUCAGAUAUACUGCAGAUGGUGAUUGGGUAUUUUGAGUUGAAGCUGAUGCACGAAUAUCAAAAUGAUAUUAGAAGGGUCCAAACCAUGCGCGAGCAACUGGACGCAUCUCUGCUAGGGCUUGUUGGGCUCACGCCUGCAGAUCUAGAAAUCAUUGCAGCCGCCAGAAAUGUACUGAUAAGCACUGUUGUUGCGGACGGCCCCAACUGGUUCACCAUAACCCGAGACCUUCUCACCGACACCGCACGGGACCACGCCGUCACAGGCGGCGGCCUCUUCCUCAAGCCCGCGGAAGAAAACGAAUACCGCGACAACUGGGCCAACAGGCCCGCAGAGAUCAAGGCGCUGCUGCAAAGCCUUGUAACCCUGCAGGAACUCAAUGCCUCCCGCGAGCGGGAUUUCGUCCAGCGACUGCGCCCUAUGGCAGCCCAGGAUAGCAGGGACACUCUCGUCACCGCAACCCUCCUAGGAAUCGCGCCCUUCACCAUGCCCGCCCUCCGCACCCUCCUCUCCCGCAACACCAGAGCCACAGCCAGCUCAGAGCUCGCCACCACCGACCCCAUCAUCCUCCACUGGGCCCUACUGGUCCUCCGCUACAACCGCCCCCACACGCGUGAUCGGUCCAGAACGCUCGCAGAGCGCUUCUUCGACAUCACAUACAGCCCAACCAACUUCUACAUGCCGCUGCUGCGGAGAGUCAUCAAGAGAGCAACACCAAUUACCCGCUACGAGCGCUCGCAGCCAGGACGCCAUUACUUGGACCUCAGGGCUGACAACCGCGCGCUGCAGCGAUUGCGGGAUGAGCGAGCGGGGAGGAUACAACCGCCGCGGGCGCAGAGGGGUGACGUGAUGCUGCGUGGGGCGGGGGCGCCGCAGGUCAUUGAGGUACGGCAGGAGGAGAGAGGGUGGGGUGUAGAUGGCGGUGAUGCGGACUACGAUGCCGAUGACGAUGAUGGGGAUGCGAACGAUUGGUGCAACGGCACGGGCGUGGAACAGAACUGGGACGGUACUGAUGAUCUACCUAUAUGGGACAGGGACGUGGACGAGUUCGAAGAGGUCCCUGAAACGGAGGACCCGGCAGAUGAGCCGGCGGAGGAGCCGGCAGAGGAGCCCCCUGCAGAGGACGCGGCGGAGAGGGAUGGAUUCAGAGGCGACUGGAAUCCGGAUUUACCGCCGCCGGAGGUAACGAUUUCGUCCCUCUUUUUCGAGAUCAAUGACGAGGUUGCGCAGAUGAUCCAGCAGGUGGAGGCGUCGUCGAGUUCGGACUCGGACUCGGAGUCGGAGUCGGACUUUGAUGAGGAGCUGCUGGAGAUGUCGGUGGAGAAGGCGCAGUUCCUGAGGAUGUUACAGGUGACGUUGAAUGUUUGGUGUAAUUGA